AUGUGGACCAAGUCAGAAAUCUGGCCUGAACUUCUAGGGGUGUCGGCCCUAGGCCAUAGAUUGAAAGCCCAGGAUCUGGCCUCCUUAGCGUGGAACAUUUUCCAGCUGCUCUUUGUUCUCCUCUUGGCCCAGGCCAUCUCGGUGGGGUUUUAUCGUCUGUAUCUCCCGCCUCUGGCCAACAUUCCGGGACCCAAACUCGCUGCUUUGACACACUGGUAUGAGGGAUACUACGAAGUAUGGCUGGGUGGAAAGUACUUUGAGCGCGUAGCGGAGAUGCACAAGCAAUACGGACCUAUCGUACGCAUCAACCCGAUUGAAGUGCACUAUAACGAUCCAGAAUGUAUCGACCUGGUCCUGGCAGGCCCGUCCAGGAAGACCAACCGACACCCAAGUCUGGCGAGAAAGACAGGCACGCCCAAUUCCAUGGUGACUACCGUUGAUCAUGACUUGCACCGCCAGCGAAGAAACACCGUGGCCGGGUUCUUCUCCACUGCUAGUAUUCGCCAACUCGAGCCCAUCAUUCGAGGUACCAUGGGCAAACUUUUGGACCGACUCGAGCAGACAGCCCGAGCGGGAUCUCCCCCAGUGCAGAUUCACCAUGUCUUCAAAGCCUGCACAAGCGACGUGAUCACCCAGUAUGCCUUUGGGGAUAGCUUUGAGUUCAUGCAGCGGGAUGAUUUCGGGAAGCCCUAUUUCGAUGCCACCGAUUUGUUUUUUGGGCUGAAUCAUAUCAUGAUCUUCUUCCCUUGGUUCGCGACAUUGAUGCAGAAGACCCCGGGCUGGUUUGUCAAGGCUAUAAUGCCAAACCUAGCGGAGCUAGUAGAUAAGAAAUCGUGGUGGAUUGAUCGGGUUCGCGAGAUUAGAACCUCUCCAAACCCCGAAAGAAUCAAGAGCACAAUUUUCGAAGGUAUCCUGAAUAGUACCCUUCCUGCUGCCGAUAAGACAGACGCCCGCUUAGCAAGUGAGGCCCAACUCGUCAUUUUCGCUGGCGAGGGUACUACUGCAUUCACGCUCACCGCGGCUGUAUAUGAGCUGCUUGCCAACCCUAAUGUCCUCGAGCGUCUCCAAGCCGAGCUUCGUGAAGCCGUUCCGGACGCAGAGUCAAUCCCUUCCUUCUCGCAGGUCGACGGGCUGCCCUUUUUCAAUGCCGUCGUGCAAGAGGUCGUUCGUUUGCACCCAGGGGUCAUGAAUCGCCAGAUGCGCGUCCCUGCGAGUCAGCCGGUCAUCUACCACGACAAGAAGGCCGGUCGGACAUAUACCGUGCCUGCCGGAUUCCUCGUUAGCAUGAGUCCGCUGUGCUUGCAUUUGAAUCCGGAUGUCUAUGAAGACCCGUACGAAUUUCGUCCACAGCGCUGGAUUGACAAUCCCCAGCUCGCGAGAGCGUUUCUAGGCUUUUCUCGAGGCACGAGAGCUUGUGUUGGUAUGAACCUGGCUCGCCGUGAGAUGGCCGUUGUUUUGGCUACACUCUUCCGUCGAUAUGACUUGUACCGCGGACAGCCCGGUCGUACUCUCGAGCUUUACGACACCGAGCGCGCCAGGGACGUGGAUGCCAAUUUCGACAUGAUCAUUCCAGUCCCUGCCAAGGGAAGCAAGGGAGUGCGCAUCAGGGUCAGACACUAGGCACGGAGAUGGCUGGGGAGGAUCUGGAAAGGCAGAGGACAUUGGAAUGCAACAGACAGAGCCCUGGUUGUGGAAGGCGCAAUGGAUUGGAAUAUGGCCGGGGUUUCAGCCCGUUAAGUCAAUGGAAAACCCAAUAUUACAAUCGCG